CAUAUACAUAUAUAUAUAUAUAUAUAUAUAUAUGUUUACAUGUAUAUAGUCGCUAAAGAGAACUACAGAUACGCUUUCAAGUACAACUCCCACUGCAUGUAGCCAUACAUGCAUGUAUACGCAUACAACUAAGUACGUAAAACUGCAAGUAAUUACGUAAAUAUAUCCGUUUGUGUCGGCAAUUGAGAGCGAGGGGCUUUUUCCGCCGUGUAGAGUUUGGGCGUUCCACCCCCCACUACUAUAAGAGGGAAGCGCGUUGCCUGCUCGCAUUCUUUGUAGGGUGCCGCAGGUCGUUGAGUUUUUCUUUGCGAGUCGCAAGAGCGUGAAUGGGUGUCUGAUUGGAUUCGACAGGAGAGUUGGUGUGUCCGGAUUCUUUCUUCGACGUCCUGAGGCGGGCUUCGUACGUCGUCGCACUCCGCACACUGGAAGUCGCCAGGGCGUUGUUUCCGUGUCGGCGGCGGAUAUGUUUUCUCCGUCGCUCGUCGAGAACAAUCUCUGCGUCAAGGACGCGGAAGUAUCCUCAAAGAAUAAGUUUUUCCGGUGUUUUCUCGGCAGAAAGUUCCGCCAGAGUGUCGGACUGCCGGCCGAGCGACUUUUCUGUCUCCCCACCCGCAGAGCGGCGGGCUAGCGAAGGACGAAUGUCGCGGGCUCGCUUCGCUGCUAGCUCGCGCGUUUGCCUUCUUCGAGUGAGGGAGGUUUUUGCGGAGCGAGAUUCGCGCAAGAGUUUUUUCACAGAGGAAACGUGGAUUUCCAAAGGCGAGUUUCGAGGCGUUGCUGUACCUGGUCUGACGGCGCCGGUAGGGGGCAGGUUCCGCCAGCCGAUUCUCCGCGCUGUUCGUGGAGCAGAUAGGAGCGUCUUUUCGCUUUUUCUUGACGCGGAAACGCUUUUCGACUCCCGCAAGCUUUUCCAAGAGUCAUCUGUGAACGAUUCGCGUUUUUUGCCGGGCAACUUUAGAGGAACAGCUCCUGCGAGCGCCUCCCACAUCGCGGUCUCCUCACUCGAGGGUUCAGCUGCAGACGCUGCGUUCCUUCGGCGCUGGAGACUCUCCCUGCCCUGGGAAAAUAGCUCUCGAGCCGCGUGUCUCAACGGGGAACGCGUUCACAGCUUCCUCGCUUCUUGCCACACUCGCAGGUUCGCUGUCUUUCUGCGGUAAUUGCGAUCGAACGCUGGUUGUGCUGUGCGCCUUGAACCUCUGACAUGGCCGCCGUCAACACUUGUCGGCUCCGCUUCGGCUCGCCACAUUCGCUCUUCUCAUGACGCGUUUGGGAGCAUCCUAUGCGCAGUUUUUUCUCAGCGAGCGCGGGGACUCGGUCUCUCUUGGGGGUUUGAGAGGCGUCAGCCCUGCGACGAACGCGUCCUCCCGUUCCCCGGAAAAACGGUCCGCGAACGCGUUCGGUCGAGACCAAAGGACGCAGUGCGGUUCUCUCUCUCUCUCGUUCUAUCCACGCGCCGUCGGACGCCAAUUUUUCCUUCCGCCUCGAUUUUUUUCUCUGCGCCUGAAGGGACUCUCUCCCAGCAUUCUUCUCUUGGCCGCGCAGCUCUCCGUCGUCAGCCAAGUUGAGGCCAAGUCGAGGUCUGCGAAAGCCGUAGGCCUUGAAAGAGGUCGACUUCGUUCGUGAACGAGUUCCGCAUCAGCAGCGACCAGGACAGAGUGUCGUGCGGUUUGAUUCACCGCCGAACAGCCGAAACUCGCGCGUCGAAAGCUGGAGAGUGGAAGGUCUUACUCGAGGGUCGAAGUCGUUGCUGUCCGUCCCCGCCUUCCUCUUCCUUUCCUUCUUCCCUUCUCUUCAGCGACACUGAGAGAGUCUUCUUCUUUCAACAUCGUUUUUCCUUCUUUUGCGCCUCCUCCAUUCGAGGGUGUUCCCGAUGUCCCCG